GUUGCGUCUACGCAAGCGUGUGGCCAGGUUGCACGCACACACGCACGUUCUGUACACGCUCGAAAUUCAAAAGUUGCAAUGUAAGGGAUGGCGUGACGUCACGUGGUUUUGACAGUUCCAACUAUUGUUUGUGAUCGCUGCAGGUUGACAGUUUGUUUUUAAAGACAGCGAUGUAAAUAAAAAAAGCUCCCGCCUGAGUUUAAACAGGUGUUGCUAUUACUUAUCAAAACAAACGGAUAAUUUAAUUAAAUUGUGAUGAUUUCUGUAACUUAGUGCAAAAGUGAUGGCCUGUGACAUGUAUAAAAUUCUUGAGUGAGUGUUUAGAUACGUUUAUGAAACAACGUUCCGGUGUUUUUCUUGUGGAAAUUUGUUUUCGAAUGCUGUUUUACUGAAAUGCAGGUGGCAUGGUAACUUCUUCAUAUAAGAAACAUGUCAUCUAAAAGAAAAUCGCCACCGUCAAAGUUGCAAGAAGGCGGCCCCGAAUCCCUGAAGCAGGUGGCCGGUCCCGCCAGCUUCCCCGACGAAGAAGAGGAGGCUCCCUUCUACAAACUGUCACCUUCUUCCUCCACCAGAAGCUCAGUCACCGGAGACGAGGCGUACGAAGACGAGAGACCCUCAAAAAAGCAGAAAUUCGAAGACAUGACCAACAAUCUCUUAGUCCCAAACUCGUUCCUGUCGCUUCACCAAGUGGAACUUCAGAACAGAAGGCGUGGUUCCUCUGAAUGCAGCAGCCCAGGGCCUGACGCGAAGGCGCUGGGUCUUUGCAAUAAUAACAAUUCAUUGCUGAACCACAAUAGCGCGCUGUCUCUGGCGAACCCUCACAAGCGGUCUAUGGACGACGUCCUCAAGAGAUUGACGUCGAAAAUGAAUAUUAGCAAUAUUAAAGAAGAGAAGAGGCCCACACCGUCCACCACGCCUGUUAAGCAGAACAACGACCGUCGCGGCGUGCUGGACGCGGCGGCGCUGCAAGCCCUGGCCGGAGACAGCGUGUUGGAGAAGGAGAGGCAGCUGUCAGAGAUGAUCCUGCAACUGCAGAUGGUGAGGGAGCAGCUACUGGCGCAGCAGGAGCAUGCUAAGAACAUCGGCAACGUGACCGCCGAGCUCGAGCUGCAACGUCUGCAGCAGGAACAGCUGCGGCGGCAGGAGCUGGUGCGGCGCCAGCACGCGAUGUAUCCGGGCCCGCCGCUGUCGCUGCUGCCGCUGCUUGAGCAGAUGCGUCCUCAGCAGCCGCAGAAUUCUAUGCAGAACCAGUCGUGGCCUGCGACGGCUCAGCUGGCGCAGCUCACAGCCAACGCCAGGACCUCACCUCCUCCAGACCCCGACGCGCCCCUGAACCUCAGCAAGCAGCGGUCGCCAUCCCCGGCACCACAGAUGAUGAUGCCGCGCUACCACCCGUACUCGCCAAUGGACGAUGGCGCCUACGGCCAAAUGAAGGUCGACGAUGACUACGGAGGUGGAUGUAAUUCGUCAGCAUGGGGCCAGCAAUCACCGAACGAAGAGGCAGAGAAAGCCAAGCUAGUCCGCCAACCGAAGCGAGACGAGGCGGGGAAGCCCCACAUCAAGCGACCAAUGAACGCCUUCAUGGUCUGGGCUAAAGAUGAGCGUAGGAAGAUCCUGAAAGCAUGUCCUGACAUGCACAACUCGAAUAUCUCCAAGAUACUCGGCGCGCGGUGGAAGGCCAUGUCUAACGCUGAGAAGCAACCCUACUAUGAGGAGCAGAGCAGGCUCUCGAAGCUACACAUGGAAAAGCAUCCGGAUUAUAGGUAUCGGCCGCGACCAAAACGCACGUGCAUAGUCGACGGCAAGAAGAUGAGGAUAUCAGAGUACAAGAACCUGAUGCGUACCCGCCGCCAAGAGAUGCGGCAGCUGUGGUGCCGAGAGGGAGGCAGCGAGCUGGGCUUCCUGCCGUCUCUUUCUUCCCCGGGGCCGUCGAACACGUCUCCGCCGCCGAAUGGGGGGAACUACAUGAACUCAUCCUUCUCGCCCCCGCUGUCUCCGCGGGACGAAGACUGAGGGGCAAUGCGCGGCUGGCCUUACCCGCCCGCCGCGCCGCUGCCCCUGCCACCCUCUCACCAUCCCUGGUAACCUAGUACUCUUGACCCUAGCUGACCGGAGCGCGAAUAUCUGACGAAUUUUUUGCCCACUUUUCGUAUCGUACUGAGAUUUUUUAUGUAUAAGCUUCUCAAUUGGCAUGGUUCUGUCGAUGUGAAAUGUGUAGGUUUAGUGGAAACUGUACAGCGUUCAGACGUUUUUGUAGACCUCUACUUGUAUUAGAACUAUGAUAUCCUGGUAGAUAUUUUAAUGUUAUUUAGAUUUCAUGAAUCUCUUUGUAGUGAUUGUGUAUAAAGUUUUUGAGGGCGUUUAUGAAUCGGGAAUCGAAUAGUCGCGAGUUUUAUAGUUUAGCUUUGGUAGUAGCUUGGGAUUGGCCGGUUUGGGCUGUUUUUUAUUCUCUUAUGCCAGUGUCGCAAUCGAUCUCUCGAUUUAGGUUAUCCUAUUCUUUUAUAUGAGAUUAUAUUCCACUAGUAAAUUAAGGAAAAUAAGUGUUACUCAACUAACUUUUCCAUUUUGAAAUUUGUCACAAAUAUUUAAGUACAUAUACGUACUUAACUAAUCUAUAAAUUAGGCACAAUAGUAAGCAAACAUAAUAUGUGCCAAUAUGUAUCUUAAUAGUAGAUAAUUAGAGCAAAUGUACAUAAUACAAUACAUGAUUAACUUAAGCAAUAUUCAAACCGUACAUUCAACCCCCUGCGUUGUGGAAUGGCAUUGUAAAUAAGUACAAUUUUAAUUUGUAGAUACCUAUAUUUUAUUACUAGUUAGUCUUUUAGUACCCAGUGUUGACUGGGCUUAGUAAAUUACUUUGAAUUUGACUACUUUGAGGCCAUGUCUUGGUUAAGGUAUAGACUUAAGGAGAUUAUUUAAUAGAAGCUUUAGUUGUAAGCUACUAAAAUGUAUCAAAACCAAAAAUGUAAAGCGAAAUGCUUGAAAAUCUAUGUGUUUUAAACACUAGCGAACUGUGGCAAGAUCCAGUGAGAUGACGAUAAAGGCAUAAUAAUUAUUGUUAUUAAAAUACUUAAUAAUGGAAUAAAAUACUCAUAGAAUUAUUAGGGAUCGGUAGAAAAUCGUAAUAAUACUUUAAGAUGUAAAUUGACUGGAAAAUAAACAUCAUGCAUAAUACAUAUUACCUACCUACUGUUAAAAGAUUAAUACAUCCCAUUGACUAUUAAUUCAUUUUGGAUAAGCCAUAUACACAUUAUUAUAGGCGAUUAAGUAUAUUAAAUAGCUAGUUGCUUAAUAAUUAAUCCAUACAGUCAAUUCUGGACAAGUCAAUUUAAAUCUAUCGUCUGUAUGAAGUAUAACAUCACAUUGUAGUAAAUUAUAAAAUAUCUUUUGGUGGUAGAAUUUUUCCGCAUAAAAACAUGUGCGGGUACUUAAUUUUUUAUCACACAAAUAUCGCUUUACUCAAAUUGUGCAAUUUAAGGUAGUACUUUAGCCGUUAGUAAAAUGUAGUUGGUAUGGUACUUUAUAAAAAGUUAAAAUAAUGUUAGUAUUAGACAAAAAUAUGUUGUAUAGUUCUCUAGUGUAGAAUUUAAAUUUAGAUCGUGGUUGUAGGCCGAAGUCGUUGAUUGCCAUUACGAAUUUUGUUAUUUAUUUUUCACUUAUUGAAUUUUUGUUGUUUCUUUUUUCAACUUUUUAAAAAUAUUGUAUGCCAGUAAUUUUGAAAGUAGUUCUAGAUAAUGUUUAAGGUGCAUAAUAUUAGAGUGUACGUAUGUGUAUGUUUAUUUGUAAAGGUAAUGUGUAUUUUCUUUAUAAAUGUGUAAGGAUUUAUUAGACAGUGUCGUUAAAUUAUUUAUUUGUAUGUUGAAUUCCUGUAAAUAGGCGAUACUUUAAUGUAAUAUUCAGUAUUGCGUGGGUUUUUUUACGAACGAGCUCAUUUACUUAUGUUUGUUAUUUAUUUGUCGAUGCAUCAGAUCUUUGAUUUUGUGUAAUCUCUUGCCAUGUAGGUACUUUAUCCAUAAUGUUGUUUCUGUACUUAAAAAAAUCUCUCCUUGUUUUUUUUUUAAAUUUAUUAUAAAUGAUUUUAUCAUUCGCCAUUCAUUAAAAUAUUUAAGAAUGUAGGAUUUAGGUAAUAAUGCCUAGUUUACACCAGGACACAUUAUUUAAAAUUGUGCCAAAACCCAAAAGUAUAUUAAAAAGUAAACAUUU